AUGCAGAGGCGCCUCUCCGGCUCACCCAAGUCCCACCACCAACCUAAGAUGAUUGAUGCUGGGUUCGCGACAAGAAAUGGACCUCCUAUUGAUGAUACCUCUGACAUCCUUGGCCCUCAGAUAAAUCAGCGAAGUUUAUGCGGCGAAGAGGAAUCCAGUCCGUUGCAGCUGAACACUUCUGAACUUCCUGGACCCAGGGCCGGGACCACCAAAACGACUCACUCGAGCCGCACGACUCCAGAAAAAAUCACCAUGCCAUUUGAAUCCCAAAUCUUUUCGUCAACUACAGACAACUCGAUGGAGGAACAAAGGAUCAGGCGAUUCCGGAUGCGAAGUCCGUGGUCAUGUUCUCUUUUGAUGUUGUCGUUAACAGUUCUCAGCGCUGUCGCCUUUUUUGGGAUUGUCCACUCCUACAUGACCCGCCAGAUUGACCCGCAAGGGUGCAAGACACCGCGAAUGAUGCCGACGUAUAUUAAGCUUAUUGGAUUCGAUACUGAACAUACUCGUUUUGCAAGCAAAUACGGUCUCUACCUUUAUCGGGAGCGCACCGUCGAUGAGUACACUGAACAGGAUAUUGGGCUUAGGGGUGUGCCAGUAUUAUUCCUACCCGGAAACGCUGGUAGCUACAGACAAGGGCGGUCUCUAGCUUCGGAAGCCUCUUUAUAUUUCCGAGAUGUGAUAAAGCAUGACCAGGAAAAAUUAAAUGCGGGAACCCGAAGCUUGGAUUUCUUUAUGGCGGAUUUCAACGAGGAUAUGGCGGCUUUUCAUGGACAAACGUUACUUGAUCAGGCUGAAUACGUGAACGAAGCCCUAGCCUAUAUACUCUCUCUUUAUCACGACCCCAAACGCCCUGGAAGAGACCAAAACCUCCCGGACCCUAGCUCUGUGAUCCUCAUUGGCCAUUCAAUGGGUGGAAUAGUGGCUCGUACGGUACUUACAAUGUCGAAUUACCAGGCGAAUUCGGUAAACACAAUCAUCACAAUGUCGACCCCCCAUGCGCGACCUCCGGUAUCGUUCGACGCAGAUGUAGUUCGCACCUACAAGCAGAUAAAUGGCUAUUGGCGUGAAGCAUAUUCUCAGAAAUGGGCAAACAAUAAUCCACUGUGGCAUGUAACUCUCAUCUCUAUCGCUGGAGGUGGUGGGGAUUCAAUUGUUCCCUCCGACUAUACAAGCCUGUCAUCUCUGGUUCCAGCAACCCACGGAUUUACCGUAUUCACAUCGACUAUCCCGAAUGUUUGGACAGGGAUGGAUCAUCUUUCGAUUGCUUGGUGUGACUCGUUCCGCCAGGUGAUCAUUCGCUCACUCUUUGAUAUUGUGGAUGUUAGACGCUCAUCCCAAACCAAACAAAGAGCCGAAAGAAUGAGCGUGUUUAAGAAGUGGUAUCUCACCGGAAUGGAAACCAUUGCCGAAAGGGCUUUACCACAGAAAGAUCCGACCACUCUCUUGACUUUGGAAGAUAAUACGAAUUCGAUUCUUUCUCAAGGGCAGCGACUUGUUUUGCGCAAUUUCGGUAAACGUAAAGCACCAGAAGCUCAUCUUCUUCCAGUUCCUCCCCAAGGCGCUCCCGGAAAAAAGUUUACCCUUCUAACUGAUCAAAUCAUCGAUGCUCCUGGCGGCAAUGGGAAACUGGAAGUGCUGUUUUGUAGCGUGUUUCCUUUACAAGCUGGACAUUCGGUUUCCCUACUCUCCUUAAACAUGGAUCUUUCCGGUGGUAGCUCAGGAUCUACUCGGCUGGCUUGCAAAGGUGCUGUUGAAGACAUAAUCAAUCUCCCUGCAUCGACACGCUCAUCGAAGUUCGCCUUCGAUGAUACUCCUCCGUUUUCAUAUUUACAGUACGAUUUGCAGGACCUUGUGGAGCACCAAUUUGUAGCAGUUGUUGACAAGGCUACCAUGCCUUCUUCUGGUUGGGUUGUUGCAGAAUUUUCUGACAGUUCUGAUGCUGUCAUCCAAACAAGGGUCGGUCUCGGUCGCCUGCUGGGUGCCGGACUAAAUAUUCGACUUCCCGCAGAAAGACCCAUGCUUACUGAGGUGAAAAUACCUGCGCUGCACUCAAGCCUCUUAGCUUAUAAGCUGAGGGUCGGCAAACAACCUUGUGGCGAGAGUGCAGAACUUUUCACACCUCUACUGCGACAGUAUAUCUCGGAACCUUACGAAUCGAAAUAUUUUGUCAAUGUCAAGGAAGCUGAUAUCAAUUUGCAUGGGGUUGCUCCAUACAUGCCUCCGCAUCUCCUGGAAGGGAAUUCUGUCUGCGGAGUUUCGUUCCAGCUGUGGUCUGACCCAAGCUGCCACACCUCAAUGGAACUUUCGUUGCAUGUAGAUUUCCUUGGUAGUAUGGGGAAGCUCACCAUGCGGUACCGCACGGUAUUUGCUGCCCUCCCGCUCCUGGUGAUUGCGCUCGUUCUCGAAAAGCAGUUCCAGAUAUAUGACACAACAGGCGUUUUUAUUCCCUUCUCAGAAGCCCUAGACCUUUGUCUUCGAUUCUCAUUACCAAUCGUAUUCCUUGUGCUGUCGUUCGUUGCAACGUCUCUAGCAACAUCGAGCUCGAGGGUAGACAAUAAGAAGGACUUAUAUGAUUGGCGAUCGAAUGCCACUGAAUCCGUCAUAGACUUCACGAGAAACGAUUUACUUUUGGGCUCUCAAGAUAUCUUUUUCUGGUUUUUGAUUCCGCUAUUUGGCAUCAUUAGCAUCGGAUUUUGUGUUGUGGUAAAUUAUGUUGUUAUGGUUGUGAUUUAUGCGCUCUCUACAAUCCGUAGAGUUUUGACCACACGUCGGGGAUACAUAAAACACGAUGACCCAAGACCCACUGCGAUAUACCCUUCGCUCUCCCCGAGACAAAGGAUUAUUAACACCGCCGUUUUAUUAUGUUUCGUUGCAACAAUUAUUCCAUAUCAGUUCGCGUAUAUAGUAGCGUGCAUUGUACAGCUAGCGACCUGCGUACAGACAUCCCAGUUUGCAAAUGAGACGAAAUCGACCUCGCAUUAUAGUUUCUAUAACUAUGUCCAUUCAAUCUUCAUUCUCAUGUUGUGGAUACUUCCUGUUCAUGUCCUCGUGUUCGCAGUUUGGGUUCAUAACCUUGCUGUCCACUGGUGGACGCCAUUCCCUUCUCAUCAUAAUGUCUUAUCUAUAAUGCCAUUUAUGCUUCUUGUGGAGACCCUUACAAAUGGGAAUAUGAUACCGAGAAUAACGUCAAGACUACGGCUUAUCACAUCUAUCCUAUUCCUUAUCCUCGCCGCAUAUGCGGCGCUCUACGGCGUGACAUAUGCGUACCUCCUCCACCAUAUUGCGAAUAUAGUCACUGCGUGGCUAGUUGGCGUACAUUUCAGCAACAGCGGGUUUUCGCUUCGAAAUCUAAACCAAGCGCUCGAGGGUUCGGGUUUUGGUGAUGACGAACCCCCCAAAGUGGACGGUCACGUCAAAAAACUCCCAUAG